GUUUUGUCCCCUUUUGACCUGAGCGCUUGGUUUUCGUCGCAACGAUUCGUCGUCCAUAACUCCAUCUCCAUUCGGAAUCUACUUAUUCGUUACAAUCAUGACUCGCGGGAAUCAGAGGGACCGUGAUCGGGAAAGGGCUCAGUCUCGGGGCGGUGGAAAGGGUGGCAAGAACAAGGACGAUGGCUUGACUCCCGAGCAGCGUCGAGAAAGGGAUGCGAAGGCCCUCCAAGAAAAGGCGGCGAAGAAGGCGGCACAGGAUGCAGGUGGUGACUCAUCCGGAGGUAACAACAAGAAUAAGAAAUAAGAGAAGAAGCUGCUUGGUUCUGCAACGUUGUAUUGAUUCUAGAUUGAAUUUAUGGUUUUUGAGAUACUGUGGUUAAGUUCUGAUAACUGUUGAUUAUGGAAAUUUGGUUACGGUUUGGAGCAAACAAUCUUUGUGAAUUUGUAUUUUAAAUAGAGUUUGAGAUAAAAUUAGUUUAUUUUUGGUGGUGCUC